AUGCUCGCGACAGGCAUCCUUUCGGUCUGCCUCGUGGGCUUCGUCAGCGCCCAACUCGACGCCUUUGCUCUCCCCUCAGCCGCUCGUUAUGCCCCAAAGCCAACUGUACCGCCAGAGUUCUCCAACUAUUUUGAGUUGGAUGGACAUGCUCGCGAACUGGUUGACUCUCUGCUAGGCCCACGUCCAGGAGGUCUCUUCCCAGAGAAGACGUUCGAGAUUGGAGCUCCACAAGUGCCAGUCCAAGCCGGAAACCAACCACAACAUGUUGUUUCCAAGCUCGAGAGAACUUUGGAGUCCUUCUUCACUGCUCCAGAAACCCCACCAGGACAGGCUCUUCCACCAGGAUUCGGAUCUGGAUUCUCUUUGUUGAACAACAACAAAGCUCUUACAUCCUUUGGAGACAUUCGUAGAUCACCAUCCAACAAGCAGGACGACACCCCAGAAGUUGAAGGAUCAGGAGAUGGAAAGAGCUCAAUUGCUGGAAUUCCAAAUGUGUUCCCAAAACUUCCAAAGCCACCAACCGAGCGUCUUGAACCAGUCAAGACCGUCGCUGUUCAGCAUGAUGCCAUUGGAAUGCCAGUCAUUGAAACCGCCCCAUCAGUUCCAGAGGGAGGAUUUCUUCCAACCUCGGACAUCCGUCGCUCGCCAGCAUCUGUCUCCGAAGUCUCCCACUCGAUUGACGAGAAGUCUGAUGAUGUAAACGCUGAAGAGUAUGGAGGCCUCUCCGACGAUUCUAACUCUUCUGGAGGAGGACUCAUCGGAACCAUCUUCAACCUUAUCAAGCUCGGAGGAAAGAAGGCUAAGGAGGCACCAGCCAAGGCAGGAGCCGGACCAGCUGCCGCUGCUGCUGACCAGAAGAACUCUAUCGGAAAAGCCGUGUCGAACCUUCUCGGAGGAGAGAACAGCCCACUUCCAAAGCCAGGAAGCAACAUUCUCACCGAUUUGCUCUACAAGACUCUCUCCAGUGGAUCUCUUGAGUCCAACGAAACCAUGGUUGACAAGGGUAACGGUUCCAUCGUUCUCACUCCAGCCCAGUCUGCCGCUAUCAGCAGCAACUUGGAAAUGAUCCAAGACUUGAUCAUCAAGCCAUCCUCCCCACUCUGCACCCAAAAGCCAAACCCAGUUGAAUUCGAGUUGGACCCACUAAUGGGACAAUGGUACCAAGUCAUCUAUUCCCCACCAGUCUCCACCGGACCAUGCAGUAUGGUGUCUUACAAGAAGUUGAGCGACAAUGGAGAGGAAACAGGAUCCAUCAUCGAUGUCUAUGAGUACACCACCGACGGAACUCCAUACGGAAAGCCAAUCAUUUCCUCCGGAUACGCUUUGGUCAAAGGAAAGGGAGAGCUCAUCUUCAGAACUAAUUCUAACAAGGAUGAUGUCACAGUUCACAUUCUUAGCGUUGGACCAUUGAACCAUCAAGGAGAGUAUGAGUAUGUUGUCAUGUCCACCAACUGCAACUAUCCAGUUUAUGUGUUUGCUAGAGAUACCAGCAUUUUCAAGCAGAAGUAUGAGCCAACUGUCAACGAGUUCCUGGACAAGAGCGGUGUCGUCAACGGCAUCACUCGCUUGUUGAACAUUGUUGCUCCAGUCGACAACACCAUGUGCAUCUUCCCACCACACUUGUUCUACAACCAAGGAAGAUAA